AAAUCUCAAAAUAGCUCGCUGUAAAAACAAAAAAAUCGGCCUCAUCAAUGGCGGCUCAUUCCAACAGUUCCCUCUCUCCACUCCCUUCCAAAACCAUUUCAACAAUCCGCAGAAGCUUCACUGCUACCAACAAACCCUCGCCUCUCAUUAAUCAGAGACGCCUCGAUCCGUUCACACCUGCUAAUAGCCUUUCAGAAUUUGGGGGAAGAAGAUGUGUGGGUAGAGAUUGCGAAGAGAAAGAGAAUGAUGAAAAAGAUUGCUUUUUGAAGGGUUCGAAACUGCAAUCUCCGGCGAAGGGUUGCAAGAAUUUCAUGGCGCCCACCUCGAAGUUCACUCCUUCGCCGAGGAAGAAGGUGUUGGUGGAUAGGAACGAGCCUGUUCGGACCUCCAUCUCGUUCUCCGAUGGAAAGGCCAUGUUUUUCUCUAAUGAGAACGUGUCAGCUUCUGUUGUUGAGACUCAUCCGGUUUCGAAGCCUUGCAAGAAGGUGACUUUUUCCUCCGAUUCUCAGGUUUUAGCUACUGAUUCUGAUGGUGUGGGAGUGGAGUUGAAGGUUGUUCAGUCUCCCAUUGAUGUUGAUCCGUGUCUCCCGCCUUAUCAUCCGAAAACGAACUACUUGUCUCUGAGGCCUCAGUUUAUGGUUCUUGUUUUUUUGCUUUCAGCCUGUGUGUCGGUUUCUGUGACACGUGCUCCUUUAUUUGAUGGUCCUUGUUGUUCAUCAAGGACCUGGCCUUUUCUGAUUUGAGUAGCAGCAGCUUGUACGAGCAAUCAAGAGCUGUUGUUGCCUCUGCAAGGUCGAGUCUAGGCCGUGUAGCAGCUAGUUCUGCAGCUCUCGUGUUCAAGCUAGCUAACGAGCUGGUUGAAGGCGAGAAACAAGCUCCCGUGCAGUUCAUGAACCUGUCUGAUCUGCAAAGUGGAGAGCGUUGAAGAGGACGAGUUUGAAGAGGAUAUGGACAGUGAAAUGGAAGAUGAAGCCUAUGCAGAUGAGGAGAUUGAUCUUGAAGCUGAAACUGAUGCAUUUGAAGAGAUGGAUCAAUCAGCUGACUGGGAUGAUUACACUGAGAAGGAAACUGAUGAAACUAUUGCAGAAACUGCUUCUGAAACUGUGAUUCAAACAAAGAUGGAUCGAUCAGCUCCUGUUUCUCUCAAUCAAGAAACUGAUGUGGAAACUGCAAUAGAAACUUCUCACAUGGAAUCUGAAUCUAUGCAAAAUAUCCAGAUUCAGACAGACAUGGAUCAAUCAUCUGCUGAUCCUCAGAAUCAAGAAGCUGAAAUGGAAAUGGAGAAAUCACAAGUUGACAUCAACGUUGGAGCUUCUGAUAAUGCUGAGAAGGAAUCAAGUGUUAUCGCAUUGGCAAUUACUUGUUUGUUGGCAGGUGUGGCUGGAGUUGCAGCCUUAGUGUACAAGAGGUUUCACGGCUCCUCACCUAACGUUGUGCAAGUGGAGCAAGUCGUGCCAGUUGAGAGCAAACAACGGGAUGAAGGGGUUAACAAAAGCAGCAACACUGAGGCUAUGGAGCAAGCAGAGAGUUGGCAAACGGAAAUGAGCAGAAGCUGUCAUGAGAGGAGUGGUGGUGGAGGCGAAUUAGUGAGCUCGGAGAGGAAGGCUAGAAGGUAUUCGAAGAGGGAAUUGUUGGCUUCAUCCUCGGGGUCGCCUUCUUAUGGAAGCUUCACCACUUAUGAGAGGAUUCCCACCAAGGCUAAUGGCUAUGGAGAGGAGAAGAUAAUGACUCUGGUUAGGCGAUCCAGCCGAAUUAGAAAGAAGGUCACCUAAGUGUUGUGCAUUAGAAGUAGAAAUAGAAGUAGAAGUAUUUCCCUUGUCACGAUGCCAGAGACGAUAAACAAGAAGUCUCGGGAGGCGGAAUCCCGUCGACAACUCAUGCUUUAAACAAAGUACUAAAAUAAAACAGAA